AGUGUCAAAAAGGCCUUGCCUACAUUUUAGCCCCAGCAAGGCUGUCAAGCGCCACAAGGUCUUUUCAACAUCACAUUUGAAGCCAUCAAGUCAUCAUGACUGAGCGUGAGGUUGUGCCGCCAAAGCAUAAAAGGUUUAGAACGAGAUCGAGAACAGGUUGCCGUACCUCCCGAACGCAGCGGAUCCGAUGCGAUCAGUUCCCGGGGCUUGCAACAAUUGCAGCAAUACCAAUCGGAGCUGCGAGUAUAACGUCCACAGGCUCCCAAUUAACGCCCAGGGACCCUUGCACGAACGCUCUUGAUUUACGCGCAUGCGUGGACUUUGGCUCCGGACGUAAAACGCUGUUUCUCCUACUUUCGACAUCACACGAUCCCAGGUCUGGUAGAUCUGGUCGAUUCACCAUAGGAGAGACGCGUUCGUCAACUUAGCUUGAUCGAGCCUGCGGUCUGCCAUGCGGUCAAUAUGCUGAGUGCGGUCAAAUCAGAUGCGGCUUUCAGCCACUCGGCCGACUGAUUCCUACUCAAGCUUUG